CCCUCACUGGUAUAAAUAAAUAAGAGUCUGGAGCUGGGAACCCACGGCUUGGACUCAGAGUUGAAGGUUGAACUCCACCUCCAGGCAGAAUGAGGCUCAGCACUGCAGCCCUGCUCUUCCUGCUGGCUGGAUGCUUCUCUCCAGGCCACGGUAUCCUGGAGGCCAAUUACACAAACUUAAAGUGUAGAUGUUCGGGAAUGAUCUCAGGCGUUAUCCAUCCAAGCAACAUAGAACGGAUUCAAAUCACAUCUCGUGGGAAUGGCUGCCCAAAUGAUGAAGUCCUGAUCUGGACUAGGUCUAAGAAAGUCGUAUGUGUGAAUCCUCGAGCCAGAUGGUUACAAAUAGUCUUAAGAAUUUUACGGGGAAAAUCUCUGUCUUCACCAGCCCCAGCUCCAGUGAGUAGGAAAAGGACUAUCUCUACCUAAAGGCCCUAUCCUCCCAAAGACACCUGCACCCUCUUUUGUUCCCUGCUCUGAAUUCUAGCUGUGUUCUUAGUUGAAGAAUUUCCAAGAAAAAUUAACUUCCUUUUCCAAACAAACAUGACUGUCUGUAACAAAAGCCCUGCAGGAGCUGAAAGGGUGAACCUGAGCGGCUGUGCAUACUCAGCCUCCAUUCUUGUUGUCUGAGGAUGGGAGUUCAGUUACAACCCACUUGGCCUGUGUUUGGUAAUAGACCUGUCGUGUAAUGUAAAACUGUCCCUAGGUUGUAGAGGAAUGGAAACUCAUAUGUUAAAUGUGAACCUGUAGCUUGUAUCAACAAGAAAUGUAUGGGUGUACUUCCAUCUUUCACACCCUUAGGAAAAGCAGGCUUGAAAAAUAAGUUUCCUGGGCAGCUGAUGCAGUUCCAACCUAACACAAUGCAGAGUGAAAGGUCUCUCGUGAAGAAAACAGUCCUUCUACUUUUAAAGGUUUCUUGUAUACAAUUUAUUGUCUAAGAUUAAAACCAGUAACAUUGAAAGACCCUAGGCUUAAAAUUCCAGGCUCUCCAGCAGUAUACAAAUGCACCGUGGCCCUGGCGGAGAUAUAUAUAUACAUCUCACAUCUUUUACACAGACAAAAAUACCAGUCUCUUGUAUCAAAUUCUUUAAUGUUUCCUAUUCAUCUCAUGUCAUUCAAUAAACUUAAUCGAAUACUUUG